AUGCCUUCAGUCCCCGUAUACGCCAUCGGGGUGGUCUGUGGGGCCUGGAUCUCCGUCUGCAAAUCAACCGGAUACACCCGCCCCGCCGCAGCAGGAGAUGUUCCAUCCGGCGAGUCAGACACGAUCAGCGUCCCCAACUUCGCCAGCGACGCCCGAAAAAUUCUCGUAACUCGGCCGCGCAGUCGGAUGCCACGCCUCGACGCGCGCAAUCGCCGCCAUGGCGAGCUCGACCUGCUCCCUGCACGACUAUCAAAACACUCGCAGGAGCUGGGCCAUCGACAGUUCAAAUCCCCUUUUGCGACUUUGCAGUAUGAUGCGAAACAUUUGGUACAAUCUGAAUUCUUCUACUCGCCUGCUCAAAUCGCCAAAUUCUUCUUACCAAAUGAUAUUCUACCAACUGACGAUGGCCAAGUGGACGUGACUGGUAGCGUGGAACCUCAAUGUCGAAAGAACUAG